AGCGCACCUUCCACACCACCACUCCUCCUUCCCACGGUGUCUCGCUGUCGUCCAAGAUGCCUUCCACAGUCCUCGGAAAGAGAACCCGCAGCUCUGCGAACGCAGAUGCAUCCGAUGUGAAGUCUGCCGUCUCUACACGCGCAAAGCGUCGGGCACAGUUUGUGAUCCUUGACGAGAAUGAAAACGAGAAUCCAUUCAUCACUCCAAACAAGAAGGCUCUUAGCAAUGGCGACGCAAUGGACAUUGAUGGUGCGGAGGAGAGCACGUCUGGGAAGCGUCGAAGAAGGCCUGGCACGAUUCCUGCCAAACGCGGCGCAUCCGAAAGCCGCGUCCCCCUGACUACCUCGGAGAAAGCCAAUUCGCCCUCGAAAGCGCCUGCUGCAUCUCCAAAGAAGCACGCACCGACCCCUUCAACCCCACGACAUCGAGACGCCCUUUCCAACAAGAUCGCGGUGACGCCAAGGCAUCGCCUCAUCAUUGCUGGGCGACCGUUGACACCUAGAACACCACACACGCCUGCUACUCCUCGCCAUUCUGCCCCCACCAUCUACAAUGAAGCUCGUCAGCUCUUCACUAGAGGCUGUGCACCGACUGCGCUCUUCGGACGCGACGAGGAGCGAAAGGAGCUCCAUACAUUCAUCUCGACACGUACCAAAACCAGGAAAUCGGGGUGCAUCUACGUCUCCGGACCACCUGGCACCGGCAAAAGCGCUUUCGUCAACGAAGUGUGUCGCGAGAUUGGACCCGAGGGCGCCGUCAAGACCGGUUAUGUCAAUUGUAUGAGUGUCAAGAAUGCGGCCGACCUGUACAGAACACUGUUGGAAGAGUUUGUGGACAUCACUGAGAUCGCGGAAGGAGAGGAAAUGGGUGCGCUCAAGAAGCUCUUCAUGCAACGCAGGACCUCCUAUGUUGUUACGCUCGACGAAGUGGAUCACCUCCUAGAGCUCGAUAUCGACCUGCUCUACAACAUCUUCGAGUGGUCCCUUCAGAAGUCAUCCGGCCUCGUUCUCGUGGGCAUCGCAAACGCUCUGGACUUCACUGAUCGAUUCUUGCCUCGCCUGAAGGCUCGCGGACUCAAGCCUCACCUGCUACCAUUCCUUCCCUAUACCGCUUUCCAGAUCUCUUCGGUCAUCACGUCGAAGCUUAAGGCACUGCUUCGGGCUGAAAACAACCACGUCCCAUUCAUCCACCCGACAGCGAUCAUGCUCCUGUCCAAGAGAGUUGCUGCACAAUCGGGCGACCUGCGAAAGGCGUUCGAUAUCUGCCGACGAGCCAUCGACCUCAUUGAGGCGGAUACUCGCGACCAGCACGCCAAAAAAGUCGCUGAGAUGACUCCUUCCCCAACUCCUUCGCCGUCGAAGACACCACUUAUUGAGAAUAUGAACCUCUCGUCCCCGGUCGUCCGAUCACCUUCCAAAGGCAAGACGCAAAGCGCGCUCGCAGCGUCGCUGGCUCAGCUUACCGUCGAGAGUGCUCCACGAGCCACAAUCGCUCACGUAUUGCGUAUCACAGCUGCGGUCUUCAGCAACGGCACCACUCAACGUCUUCAGAACCUCAACCUCCAGCAGAAGGCGGUUCUAUGUUCGCUAUCGGCCAUUGAGAAGAAGAAAUGUGCUGCCGCGACAGACAACUUCUUCUCGACACCAUCCAAACCUCAAAGCACUGCACCCACGAUCAAGGAGCUGUUUGAAGUGUACACCGCCUUGUGCAAGAGCGAGAAUGUCCUCCAUCCGCUUACAAGCACCGAAUUCCGUGAUAUCGUUGGUAGUCUCGAGACCUUAUCGCUUAUCUCCGCUGUGGAAGGGAAGGCUGGAUCGCUUGUUGUGACUACAGGCACUCCAAGCAGGAAGGGCAGAAGUGGGGGCUUUGGUGGAGUUGCAAUUGAGGAUCGUCGGGUCGCAAGCGCUGUAGCUGCGAAAGAGCUAGCUGCUGCUCUUGUUGGGCCCGGUAGCAGUAUUCUGAAGGGCAUUAUAGAGGGGGACGGGGCUUUCUGAAGCCGUGUACAGCAUCGCGACAUGGGGGGCGGCAUUCACUCUUGUCUAGCAUAGCGUGGCGUCUUCUGGAUGGUAUUCCAGCAUUGGUUGCAUUGCAUAACGUAGGAUAGCCGUUGGAUGUAUAAUAUCAACACUGUUG